AUGGCGGACGAUGUGAGCUCUGCGCCUGCACAGACGUCCCUUUCCUCCGCUGGACCCGUGCACCGUAUUGCCAGCAGCUUGGGCAGCAUUUCGCCUCCCAAUGCACUUUCGCCCGCGACAUCUACAUUCCGGCGGGGCGCCCCUGUGGCCACAAGUUUCGGCGACAUUUCCAUUCCUGAGAUAGGCCAGAAGCCGCGUAAUGUCAAUCAAGCCCUGAAAAGGGCCGCGAAUAUGGGUCCUACUUCGCUUGCUGGGCGUCUGGCACUAAACCAACUCGAGAAAAGAGGUGCUGCCCCUUCGUCGGAGCCGACUGUGCAACAUGGGCACUGGGACCGGCCUUCCGAAUACACCUCGCGUAACAAGAAUCUCAGUACCGGGGCUAUACCUUCUGUACCUACGACAUGGAACAGCGGCGGUGCAACUGGUAGAGAACAAAACACGUGGAGCGGACGGCAGGCCACAAGAAAUGGGAGAUCGGUUUCCUCCCGGCGUAUUGAUGCAAAAUUGACGAGCAAGAAACAGCAAAACGCGCACCGCGCGCAAGGGCUGUUGCGUCGGCCAAAGGUGGUCGAGAAGGAGGAGGAGGAUGGUGUUGUGGAAGAUGUGCGUGACAACAUCAUGGAGGCGGAAAAUGUCGAAGAACAACUCCCAUUACGAGUUGAGAUGGGUGGUCACAAGCAGGGUGUUGCUCACACCAUUGGCAUUCGCGGCACAGCUCGUAAAUCACAAACAGUGGCCAAACACUCGGGGCAAAACGAUCCCCUCAAUGUGCUUCCAAUGCCGGACUCCCCAUCGAGCAGCCUGAGCGUCGCUCGCAUGCACCUCGCCAGGAACAGGGAUAUGUCUUCUGCGCAGAAGCAACGAGCGCUGGCCGUUGUCGGGCAGACUGUCGGGUCACAAUCGGGCACGGUUCAAAUGAAGAUCGCAUAA